UUGCGUCCUGACCUACAUUUUUCACCAAUUAUCUCAUUGAAGGAAUGACAUCAGUUUUUCUACCCAGGCCUAUGUUGGUUGACUCAGUGAAUCAUGGACAGUAAAGACACUUCUCCACCACCAGAACCAGAAACUAAUGUAGCCAGUGGGAUUCUGGUGGACCAGUACUCCAGACAGGUAGCCAGCAACCUCAGCCAUGAAUGGUUGCAACAGAGUGAGGAACCUUUCGUUUGUUCAACCUGUGGUCAAGCUUUUACUUCACUAAGUGAUCUUUGCACCCAUGAAAGUGUGCACACAGAUGAGAAACCAUUUAUUUGCGAGACCUGUGGUAAAGCCUUUACUGAACGAAGUCAUCUUCAACGACACAGCAGGAUACACACUGGCGAGAAACCCUUCGUUUGUGAGACCUGUGGUAGAGCUUGUACUCACCAAAUCUAUCUCGACAUACAUAAAAGGGUUCACACUGGUGAGAGACCAUUCGUUUGCGAGACCUGUGGUAAAGCCUUUACUCAACAAGGUAGUCUGCGUCAGCAUAGCAGGGUUCACACUGGUGAGAAACCAUUCGCUUGUGAAACCUGUGGUAAAGCCUUUAAUCGGCAAACGCAUCUUAACAUACAUAAAAGGGUUCACACUGGCGAAAAACCAUUCAUUUGUGAAACCUGCGGUAAAGCCUUUGCUCAGCCAACUGAUCUAAAGAAACAUGACAGGGUUCACACUGGUGGCAAACCAUUCGUCUGUGAAACCUGUGGUAAAUCUUUCACUCAACAAAGUAGUCUGUGUCAGCAUUUCAGGCUACACAGUCUUGAGAAACUGUUUAUUUGUGAGACAUGUGGGAAAGUCUUUACUCGGCAAAAUGAACUUGACAGACAUAGCAGGGUUCACACUGGUGAGAAACCAUUUAUUUGUGCAACCUGUGGUAAAAGCUUUACUCAGCAAAGUGGUUUGCUUCGGCAUGGCAUGGUGCACACAGGUGAGAAACCAUUCGCUUGCGAGACCUGUGGUAAAGCCUUUACUAAGCAAACUGAUCUAAACAAACAUGGCAGGGUUCACACUGGUGAGAAACCAUUUGUUUGUGGCACCUGUGGUGUAGCCUUUGCUCAGCUAGGUAAUCUGCGUCAGCACGACCGGCUUCACACUGGUGAGAAACCAUUCAUUUGUGAGACCUGUGGUAAAACCUUUACUCAGCAAACCCAUCUAAACAUCCAUAAAAGCGUUCACACUGGUCAGAAACCAUUCGUUUGUGAGACCUGUGGUAAAGCCUUUGCUCGGCAAGGUAACCUCAGUGGACAUGUAAGGGUUCACACUGGUGAGAAACCCUUCAAAUGUGAGACCUGUGGUAAAGCUUUUACUCAUCAAAGUAAUCUCCAUAUCCAUAAAAGGGUUCACACUUGCGAGAAGCUAUUCGCUUGUGCGACCUGUGGUAAAACCUUUACUCAUCGAAAUUCUCUAAACAGACAUGGUCGGGUACACACUAGUGAGAAACCUUUCAUUUGUGAGACCUGUGGGAAAGCCUUUGCACAUCAAAGUAAUCUUAACAUCCAUAAAAGGGUUCACGCUAGUGAGUCUGAGAAGCCAUUUGUUUGUGAGACCUGUGGUAAAGCCUUUAUCCGGCAAAGUAACUUAAAUGGACAUAAAAUGAUUCACACUGGUAAGAAACCUUUCAUUUGUGAGACCUGUGGUAAAGCCUUUUCUUACCAAAGUUCGUUACACAGACAUGAAAUGGUUCACACUGGUGAGUAAGGCUUCGUUCAACCAAGUCAGAUGAAGACACAUAAACAGGUCUAGAUGGCCGACGAUAAACCAUUAGUUGUAAAAACUAAUAAUAAUAAAUAGAUAUUCAGGAUGCU